AUGACGUUCGACUGGGUGGCGACCAGCGCAGCUGUGGCCAUGCGCACAGAAGACGUGGCUUGGGUACACGACGUACCUGCGGCGAUGCAUGUUGCGUCGCCGCCGACUCGGCGAGCAUGGUCGAUCACGACUGGAACGUGUCUGCCGGAGGGCGACACCUCAAUGACCACAUGCAGGAGCAUGCUCGGUCUGAAGGCAAAGGCCGCUGCACGGCAGGGAUCGUUGCCACUCACGAAGUAUUGCACGAAGGUGCUGGACCUGAUGCAUCGCUGCUCAGGUCCCAUGGUCAUGGUGACCGAUGGCCAGCAACCUUGGCAGCGGCUACUGUCGCUGCUGGGCCGAAGAUGGCGCGCGCAUUCGCUGCUGGAAGGCUGCCUCUGUCAGGCAAAGACAUGGCAGCCAAUCUGCGGCUUGGUCCGUGGACGAUGGCAUGUGUAUAUACGCAACACCAUGCCGCAGCGUGAUGCUGUUGCAACACUGGACGCAUCGCGGUGCGUGACGCUCACUGUGUGCGUGGCACUUGGUGUACGCGAGGUACCCCUAGUGCACGCGACACUACUUCUGCACGUGGCACUUGAGGUGCACGAGGCACUUAUGGCAGUCGUGGUCCUGUAUGGACUGUGUGUCAUGCGGUCUUGCACGCACACCGACCUGGUGUUGGUCGCCGCGACGCAGGAUGCGAUCGCCGGUGACGGAGGGCAAUACUCCCCACACCACGAUGAAGUACCCUUGCGGUACCCUGGUGUCGAAGGAAGACACCUUAGCGUCGGCGACGUGAUGGCCGUGACGCGCUGCAGGGCUUUAGACAAGUCCACCGCGCUGCUCUGCAUGAUGAGCGGGUUGCUGGAAGCAGCCAUGGUCGCUCAAGCAAACACGACGUUAAAGCAUGACGCUUCAUGGCUGUGGUCAGCGCUUGACCAUAGCCCAUGGGUCGAGCCGACGUAUUCGACCGACCGGCACACCGUGCUGUGA